AGCUUGUCUAAGCGCACACCACAAACACACGAGAUGGUUCAGGAAAUGCAAAGCAACGUUCCGGAGGAGCUGUACAACCUGACCCAGCUGGCGGAGGUGUCGAUUGCGGCUGGAAAGCUGAACACUUCCAGUGCUGAAGGACCGACGCCACCGCAGACACCAGGAGAGCAGCAGUAUCAUCAGCUGUACCAUGGUCAACAUUACCAUCAGCCUUACUACCAUGGUGGUGGUGGUGGUAUCAAGUACUACACCCUGCAGCAUGAGUCAUUAGGGUCAGCUUAUCAUCCGUCGGUCUAUCAGCACCCGAGCGGUCCUUAUCAUCAGGUGGUGCGUCGUGCUGAACUAGAUAACGACGUGCACGACGAAGAGAGACUACGCCGAAGUACGGAAUCGGCUAAUCUGGGCAGUGCAUCGCCCGCUGGCCAUUCGGCGGCGACCAAGAAGAAGUGGAAGCACAACUGGGAGAUCAACCGGAAUCUUAAGCUGCAACAGCAGCAGAGCCAGCAUCAGUACAGAAUCAACAAGAUAAAGGAAGCGGCCGUCGAUGAUGAGCGAGCAGAUUUUGCAGGUGACGCCGCACUGACGUACUACAGCUCAACGAUACGGCCAAUCGGAGUCAGUCCGUCGAGACCUACCAGCAGCAGUAGUGGUUACGGAGACGAUCGGCGGAACUCGUACGCGUCGGAAGAGUCGGAAGAUUCUAGCUCGUACUCGUACUCGCACAAGGUGUUUGACCGGAAAAAGUCCCGAACGUUGUCGUGGAACAGCAGUGGAAGCAGCUACAGUCAUGGGGAGGAGCGGCGAUUGAGUGGGGCUGAGCACCGGGAUGACGGUGAGUGUCGGCUUGGGUUCGAUGAGCACGAUGAGCACGACGGAGAAGUAGCGGAGCGUAGCUUUGAAGGUAGCAGUGGGGAUGAGACCGGCUCACCAGAUGACGUGCACGGGUGUCCGGAGUGUGGAAAGAAGUACUCGACUUCUUCGAAUCUGGCCAGGCAUCGGCAGACACAUAGAUCUCUCCAGGACAAGAAGGCCCGCCGUUGCCCUCACUGCUCCAAGGUGUACGUCUCGAUGCCGGCGUACUCGAUGCACGUGCGCACGCACAACCAGGGCUGCCAGUGUCCGACCUGCGGCAAGUGCUUCUCGCGCCCGUGGCUGCUCCAAGGUCACAUCCGGACGCACACAGGUGAGAAGCCGUUCAAGUGUAACGUCUGCCAGAAGGCAUUUGCGGACAAGUCGAACCUGCGAGCGCACGUCCAAACGCACUCGAACACGAAGCCCCACUCUUGUGCCCGCUGCGGAAAAGCCUUCGCGCUCAAGUCCUAUCUGUACAAACACGAGGACUCGUCCUGCAUGAAGAACAAGACGUCCGGAAAGCACCCGGGAAAACCAGCGGGACACUCACCCAAGAGUGGCCGCCGGAAGGUCGAAAAGGACCAUCACGGAUCAUCGCCGUCUUCGUCUUCCUCAUCGUCUUCGUCCAGCAGUGAUGGCCAUUCCUUCCCGGGACCAUACCCUCAACGGUCAUCGAUGAGUCCGCUGGAUCUGGCACUGCAAACCGAAAUCCAGCUCAAAAAAGACGCCGUCCGGGCCAAGAUCCGCGAGGUCCUGGAAGACAACUGCAAAAAGUCAGCCCAACUGAAGGCCGCAGCCGCAGCAGCUGCAGCAGCGGCGGCAGCUACGGACAACCGUAUCAGUGUGAUCCGGACUACCGCCAGCAGUCACGAGGGAUUCUGCCGGCAACGGGAUGACCCUCGUGACGCCAUCCAAACGGAGGGAAACACCGCCGCCAUCCCCACUAGCUAUGACUAUCCCCGAGGGUACGCCAUCAUUGCGUAGCCGGCGGCCAUUUUGUUUUGUUGACAUUGGAACGAACCUAGCAUUUAGCAACCUUGGUAGAUAUGUAACGACCUUUGUAACGCAAGUAUUCAAUCUUGUUCAACGAUUUGUAUCGCUCUCAGUAGCAACACUGAAGACAGAUCUGUGAAUUCAAAAAUGUGCCUUAGAUAUUUGUACAUACUUUUAGAAGUAGCAGCUAGUUAUUUUAUUUGUAAAAUUUGUAAAACCCACAUCAGUAAACAAACGAUACCACAACUCAGCUAAACUGGACCAAAACAACGCGAAUUGAGCAUCUCGAACCCGAUCGACCCAUCUCAAACUGUACAAUUUCGUGACCGAUUCGGAUGCUUGCCUUUUGUAAACUUAUUUUUUGUAGGCUUAAUUUUGUUUCAUUUCUCAUUUGUACAACGAUUAUACUUUCUCUAUACGUUGCGUUUGUGCAGCGGCGAAAAAACAAAAGGACGAGAUCGUUCUAGUCUUUUUUUUAGUUGUAUUUUGAAACAGCCUUAGUUUCGUCUUAGAUUUUUAAGUUAGAACCCUUCAGUUUGUUGCAUUUGUGUAAUUUUGUGCCAUUGCCACCAAACAAUGAGUUAUUCUAAUCAUUUUCGUUUUUAAUUUUCUGUAAUCUUUUACGUUAACUCUUUAUUUGUAGGAACACAAAUAAAAUAAUCUUGCCUCAACGAGAUUCUCAUGCUGAUAACGAUGGUGCCAUUACUAGCUAGUAUCGAAUGUGUAGUAUUUAGUUUGUAGUAUUUUGAGUUUACUCUUUCGGAGCCUAGUGGCCGGAAAUGUGCAAUAAAAGUAGGUUGGUAAGGUCGAACUGACAUUUUUCAGUGCAAAAGGGAUUACAUUAAGCGAACUGAGAAAGGAUGACGUUAGUAGCUAAGCGAUCCAUUGUAUUAUAACUACCCAGCGUAGCGAGUAGUUUCAUUUUUGUAGUGAUUAGUACACACCUUGACAAGACUUAUUAUAAUAAAGAUUUUAUAUGAAA